CUCUCCUCGGCCUUCGACGACUCCAUCCUCGCUCAUCUUAAUCCUCUCUCAAGGUCUAGGGAUACCAACGAAGGCCGCUCAAGAUGCAAAUCUUUGUCAAAACUCUCACUGGAAAGACGAUCACCCUUGAGGUUGAAUCCUCUGACACAAUCGACAAUGUCAAAGCCAAGAUCCAGGAUAAGGAGGGAAUACCCCCGGACCAGCAAAGGUUGAUAUUUGCUGGCAAGCAACUUGAGGAUGGCCGCACCCUUGCUGACUACAACAUCCAAAAGGAGUCCACCCUCCACCUUGUACUCCGCCUCCGUGGUGGCAUGCAAAUCUUUGUCAAAACUCUCACCGGAAAGACCAUCACCCUUGAGGUUGAAUCCUCUGACACCAUUGACAAUGUCAAGGCCAAGAUCCAGGACAAGGAAGGCAUUCCCCCGGAUCAGCAAAGGCUCAUCUUCGCUGGCAAACAGCUCGAGGAUGGCCGCACCUUGGCCGACUACAAUAUCCAGAAGGAGUCGACCCUCCACCUUGUGCUCCGUCUCCGUGGUGGCAUGCAGAUUUUUGUUAAGACACUUACUGGUAAGACCAUUACCCUUGAGGUUGAGAGCUCGGACACCAUAGACAAUGUCAAGGCCAAGAUCCAGGACAAGGAAGGCAUUCCCCCAGAUCAGCAAAGGCUCAUCUUCGCUGGCAAGCAGCUCGAGGAUGGCCGUACCUUGGCCGACUACAAUAUCCAGAAGGAGUCCACCCUCCACCUUGUGCUCCGUCUCCGUGGUGGCAUGCAGAUUUUUGUUAAAACACUCACUGGGAAGACCAUCACUCUGGAGGUUGAGAGCUCGGACACCAUAGACAAUGUCAAGGCCAAGAUCCAGGACAAGGAAGGCAUUCCCCCAGAUCAGCAAAGGCUCAUCUUCGCUGGCAAGCAAUUGGAGGAUGGCCGUACCUUGGCUGACUAUAAUAUCCAGAAGGAAUCUACCCUCCACUUGGUGCUCCGUCUCCGUGGUGGCAUGCAGAUUUUUGUUAAGACACUUACUGGUAAGACCAUUACCCUUGAGGUUGAGAGCUCGGACACCAUAGACAAUGUCAAGGCCAAGAUCCAGGACAAGGAGGGCAUUCCCCCGGAUCAGCAAAGGCUCAUCUUCGCUGGCAAGCAGCUCGAGGAUGGCCGUACCUUGGCCGACUACAAUAUCCAGAAGGAGUCCACCCUCCACCUUGUGCUCCGUCUCCGUGGUGGCAUGCAGAUUUUUGUUAAGACACUUACUGGUAAGACCAUUACCCUUGAGGUUGAGAGCUCGGACACCAUAGACAAUGUCAAGGCCAAGAUCCAGGACAAGGAGGGCAUUCCCCCGGAUCAGCAAAGGCUCAUCUUCGCUGGCAAGCAGCUCGAGGAUGGCCGUACCUUGGCCGACUACAAUAUCCAGAAGGAGUCCACCCUCCACCUUGUGCUCCGUCUCCGUGGUGGCAUGCAGAUUUUUGUUAAGACACUUACUGGUAAGACCAUUACCCUUGAGGUUGAGAGCUCGGACACCAUAGACAAUGUCAAGGCCAAGAUCCAGGACAAGGAGGGCAUUCCCCCGGAUCAGCAAAGGCUCAUCUUCGCUGGCAAGCAGCUCGAGGAUGGCCGUACCUUGGCCGACUACAAUAUCCAGAAGGAGUCCACCCUCCACCUUGUGCUCCGUCUCCGUGGUGGCAUGCAGAUUUUUGUUAAAACACUCACCGGGAAGACCAUCACUCUGGAGGUUGAGAGCUCGGACACCAUAGACAAUGUCAAGGCCAAGAUCCAGGACAAGGAAGGCAUUCCCCCAGAUCAGCAAAGGCUCAUCUUCGCUGGCAAGCAAUUGGAGGAUGGCCGUACCUUGGCUGACUAUAAUAUCCAGAAGGAAUCUACCCUCCACUUGGUGCUGAGGCUCAGGGGAGGGAUGCAAAUUUUUGUGAAAACCCUCACGGGGAAGACCAUCACUCUGGAGGUUGAGAGCUCGGACACUAUCGACAAUGUGAAGGCAAAGAUACAGGACAAGGAGGGAAUCCCACCAGACCAACAGAGGCUGAUCUUUGCGGGUAAGCAGCUCGAGGAUGGGCGCACACUGGCAGACUAUAACAUCCAGAAGGAAUCCACUCUUCACCUGGUCCUUCGUCUCCGCGGUGGCCAGUGAACUUCCAGCAUUUGCUGCUAUUAGUGUGAUGCUCCUCUAGUCUUCUGGUGUCUGAUGUUUAUGUUUGAAGUUUAGUACUAGUCGGUCCUGUAUUUGGAUGGUAUGUUCUGAUAUGCUGGAGUGUUGCAUCUAUAAUUAAUGGAAUAAAAGGUGAGCCUCACCACCUUGUGUUGAGGAUUUAUGAUUA